AUGCUCCGGGGGCGAUCCCUAUCCGUGACAUCCCUGAGCGGCCUUCCGCGGUGGGAGGUGGAAGAACUUCCAGUGGAUGACUUACUGCUCUUUGAAGUCGCUUGGGAAGUGACUAAUAAAGUUGGGGGCAUCUAUACUGUGAUUCAGACGAAGGCCAAAAUCACAGCCGAUGAAUGGGGAGAUAACUAUUUUCUGAUUGGUCCAUAUUUUGAGCACAAUAUGAAGACUCAGGUGGAACAGUGCGAGCCUGUAAAUGAUGCUGUUAGAAGAGCAGUGGACACAAUGAACAAGCACGGCUGCCAGGUGCACUUCGGCAGAUGGCUGAUAGAAGGCAGUCCUUACGUGGUGCUCUUUGACAUAGGCUAUUCGGCCUGGAACCUGGACAGGUGGAAGGGUGAUCUCUGGGAAGCAUGCAGUGUUGGCAUCCCUUACCAUGACCGAGAAGCCAACGAUAUGCUGAUAUUUGGAUCUUUAACUUCCUGGUUCUUAAAAGAGGUGACAGACCACAUGGAUGGAAAACGUGUCAUUGCUCAUUUUCACGAAUGGCAGGCGGGGAUUGGACUAAUCCUUUCUCGAGCCCGGAAACUUCCUAUUGCUACAGUAUUUACCACUCACGCCACACUGCUGGGGCGGUACCUCUGUGCAGCCAACACUGAUUUCUACAACCAUCUUGACAAGUUUGACAUAGACAAGGAGGCAGGGGAAAGGCAGAUUUAUCACCGGUACUGCAUGGAGAGAGCUUCUGUCCACUGUGCUCACGUGUUCACCACAGUGUCUGAAAUAACAGCCAUAGAGGCAGAACACAUGCUGAAGAGAAAGCCUGAUGUAAUUACUCCAAAUGGUUUGAACGUUAAGAAGUUUUCAGCAGUACAUGAGUUUCAAAAUCUACAUGCCAUGUACAAGGCCAGGAUCCAAGACUUUGUUCGAGGUCAUUUCUAUGGUCAUCUGGACUUUGAUCUUGAAAAAACUUUGUUCCUUUUCAUUGCCGGGAGGUAUGAGUUUUCAAACAAAGGAGCUGACAUCUUCCUAGAAUCUUUAUCCAGGCUGAAUUUCCUGCUGAGGAUGCACAGAAGUGAUGUCACGGUGGUGGUAUUUUUCAUCAUGCCUGCCAAGACCAAUAAUUUCAACGUGGAAACCCUGAAAGGCCAAGCAGUACGGAAACAGCUGUGGGACACGGCACAUACCCUGAAGGAAAAAUUUGGAAAGAAACUCUACGAUGCAUUGUUAAGAGGAGAAGUUCCUGACAUGAACAGCAUUUUGGAUCGAGAUGAUCUAACAAUAAUGAAAAGAGCCAUCUUUUCGACUCAGCGACAGUCUUUGCCUCCAGUGACCACACACAACAUGAUCGAUGACUCCAGUGACCCCAUCCUCAGCACCAUCAGACGCAUCGGACUUUUCAACAGUCGCACAGACAGAGUCAAGGUGAUUUUGCACCCAGAGUUUCUCUCCUCCACCAGCCCAUUAUUACCCAUGGAUUAUGAAGAGUUUGUUCGAGGUUGUCAUCUUGGUGUCUUCCCAUCGUACUAUGAACCCUGGGGUUACACUCCAGCUGAAUGUACUGUGAUGGGCAUCCCCAGUGUGACAACCAACCUGUCUGGCUUUGGCUGUUUUGUACAGGAACACGUGGCUGAUCCCACUGCAUACGGUAUUUACAUUGUUGACAGGCGGUUUCGCUCUCCAGACGAUUCUUGCAAUCAGCUGACUCAGUUUCUCUAUGGAUUUUGCAAACAGUCACGCCGCCAAAGAAUUAUCCAGAGGAAUCGAACUGAGAGGCUCUCAGAUCUUCUGGACUGGAGAUACUUAGGCAGAUAUCACCAGCAUGCCAGGCACCUGACAUUAAGCAGAGCUUUUCCAGACAAAUUCCAUAUGGAACCCAUAUCACCACCAACGACAGAAGGGUUUAAAUACCCCAGACCUUCCUCAGUUCCUCCUUCUCCAUCAGGAUCUCAGGUCUCCAGUCCUCAAAGCAGUGAUGUGGAAGAUGAAGAUGAGGAGGAUCGAUACGAUGAGGAAGAGGAGGCAGAAAGGGACCGGUUAAAUAUCAAGUCACCUUUUUCCCUGGGUCAUAUUCCUCAGGGGAAGAAAAAGCUGCAUGGUGAAUACAAGAACUGAACUCCACCCUUGCUGGGCAGAGUUAAUAUAGUGAGAACACAGUAGGAAUGACAUGUAUUCUUGAAAUGUAUUCUCUGCCUGGAACAUGGAGAUUGAGUGGCAAUUUUUGUAAUUUAUAAAAAAAAAAUCCAAAUUC